AUGCCUAACCGACAAGGUGUUAAGAUGCUUCAAAGGGAGAGGAUUUUCACUGCCUCAGCGGCAAUGAUUAGGACUGCCGAUGAGGUCUUAAGAUACCUUCGGAACCGUCUAGGAAGUUUGGAAUAUGAUGAGUGGUCAAAUCACAGGCAGGCUUGGAAGUUGGAAUCUGCUUCAAUAAUUGAACCUCCGAUUAAUUUUAUUGUGUCAUCUCAUUCUAAGGGAAAGAGAAGGCCAAGGUGGGCGCUUAUUGACAAGGCGUACAUGCACAGUACAUGGAGAUCCUCACAAUCAACGUACCAUCUAUUCCGUACGAGUGGGAAUUUCCAUCCAUCAGACCAUCUGAUUCUUUUGAUGGAUGAUCUUCUCAAUCUAUCUUUGCAUAGUUAUGAAACUGUUCGCGUGCUUGCUGGAAAAUCUCUACUGAAGAUGAUAAAGAGAUGGCCAUCUAUGAUUUCAAAGUGUGUUAUCUCUCUGGCUGAGAAUUUACGGAACCCUGACUCUCCAGAAUGUGCAGUGCUAGGUUCCUGUGCAGUCCUUACCUCACAAACAAUUCUCAAGCAUUUGACAACGGAUCCAAAGUCGUUCUCUUCAUUUAUCCUUGGGAUUCUCUCCAGCUCACAUCAUGAAUCACUGAAAGCUCAAAAAGCAAUCAAUGAGUUAUUUGUCAAAUACAACAUCUACUUUGCUGGAGUAUCUAGAAGCAUUUUCAGGACAUCAAACAAUGAUGUGGACGGACCAGAUUUUGAAGAUUUGGUUUCUCAAAUUGGUUCUAUGAGUUUUGAUUCCAAUGGUUUGCAUUGGCGGUAUAAUCUAAUGGCUAACAGAGUUAUGCUCCUGUUGGCUAUGGCAUCUAGGAAUGACCCAAAUGCCUCUCCGAAGAUAUUGAGUGAAACUGCUGGUCACUUCUUGAAGAAUUUGAAAAGUCAACUACCUCAGACAAGAAUACUGGCAAUUUCAGCCCUAAAUAUGCUGCUAAGGGAUUCACCUUAUAAACUGUCAGCUGAGGAUCAGUCUGGCUCUUCUGCUUCCGGGGACUUACAGGAAAGUACAAAAUCAUCCAUUGAAGGAGCUUUAACUAAAAUUUUUCAGGAAGAGGGUUUCUUUAAUGAGUCAUUGAAUUGUCUUUCCCAUGUUCACAUAAUCACUGAUUCUGAGAGCACAUCUUCCAGAGGAAAUCAUGGAAAUUCAUCUUUUCAGAGCCUAGCAGAUAAAUCAAUCACCCUUUUUUAUUUUGACUUUUCUGCGUCAUGGCCACGGACUCCUAGUUGGAUUUCUUUAUUAGGAAGUGAUACCUUCUACUCAAGUUUUGCCCGGAUUUUUAAGCGGUUAAUACAAGAAUGUGGCAUGCCUGUUUUAGUCGCACUUAAAAGUUCAUUGGAGGAGUUUGCAAAUGCCAAGGAGAGGUCUAAGCAGUGUGUUGCUGCUGAAGCACUGGCUGGGGUGUUGCAUUCGGAUGUCAAUGGUCUUUUAGGAGCAUGGGACAGCUGGUUGAUGGUCCAGUUGCAGAAAAUCAUUUCAGCACAAUCAGUGGAAUCAGUACCUGAGUGGGCAGCUUGUAUACGUUAUGCAGUUACUGGAAAAGGAAAAUAUGGAACAAGAGUUCCUCUUCUGAGGCAACAAAUUCUAGAUUGUUUGGCUGAUCCAUUACCUGCAACAGCAACUACCACCAUGGUAGCCAAGCGCUAUGCUUUUCUAUCAGCUGCACUUAUAGAAAUAUCCCCACCGAAAAUGCCAGCAGCAGAGUUACAGCUCCAUAAUAAACUUCUGCAAGAGCUGCUUGGUAAUAUGUGCCAUUCAUCAGCCCAAGUAAGGGAAGCUAUAGGUGUUACCCUUUCUGUUUUGUGCUCUAACAUUCGGCUUUAUGCAUCGUCUGAUCUUGAUCAUUCACAUGAAGGGGGAAAUAGUAAUGUUAAUUACCAACUUAAAGAGGGAAGUUGGGUUCAGUUUCUAAUAGAACGAGCAUCUGAACUGGUAAUGAAUAUUCAGAAUACCAGUCAGUCUGACAAUUCGGAGAUCCCAACAGAUGUGAGAGAUCAAAAUGGGCAUUUGAAUGGAGAUUCAAAAGAUGAUGUCAAAUGGAUGGAAACGCUAUUCCAUUUUAUCAUCUCGUCUUUGAAGUCUGGGAGAUCUUCAUGUUUGCUAGAUGUGAUCGUGGGACUUCUUUAUCCUGUAAUUUCCUUGCAGGAAACAUCAAAUAAAGAUUUGUCAACAUUGGCCAAGGUAGCUUUUGAACUAUUAAAAUGGAGGAUUUUCUGGGACCCUCAUCUCCAGGAGGCUGUAGCUGUGAUUCUUUCUUCAGCCAAUGAUUCUAACUGGAGGACUAGAUCUGCGACACUGACUUAUCUCCGAACUUUUAUGUAUAGGCAUACUUUCAUUCUCUCACGUGUGGAGAAAGAUAAAAUCUGGAGCACUGUGGAAAAGCUACUCAUAGACAAUCAAGUGGAGGUAAGAGAGCAUGCUGCAGCAGUUCUAGCCGGCCUAAUGAAGGGUGGGGAUGAAGAUCUAGCUAGAGAUUUUCGUGACAGAGCCUAUUUGAAGGCAAAUGAUCUUCAAAGGAAGAGAAAGCGGAGGUUAGUUUUCAUGUUUCUGAAGUCCUAUAAUUGUUUAAGUAAUGUACCUUCUCAAUGCGGGGACAACAUUCAUGAAAACUCAUCUGCUUGUUUCAUUUAUCUUGAAAUCAGAGGACAGAUUAAAGCAAACAUCUGGUACUAUGAAGAGGGUGACCAAUGCAAACCGGGCUCAUUAAUGCCUUAA